AUGUUCAGGUCCAUCGUCUUCACCACGCUUCUGGCCCUCGUUGCCCUGGCACAGGCACAGAAACCGAACACAGGAUACAAUGGAGGCGAAGACAACCCCCAGGAUCCUUCCGACGCUGGUGCAGCCGGAGCUUCCAAAGGCGCUUUUACACUGUCCAAGGGCGGUCUUGUUGCCAUCAUCGUCGUUGCCGUCGUCGUAGCUGUCGCUGGGACCGCGUCUGCUACUCUGUUCUGGCUCGCGAAGAAGCGUCAAUGGGACGUCCGACAAUCGAUCCGUCGUGCCUCACGUCGCCUUACCGGACGCGCAACGGAGCCCUCUAAACGCCAAAAUCGCAGGACUGGCAUGCGCCUAGACUCUCCACCGCCUCCAAGGACCAACAAGCAGAACAGGGAUGUGGAAAAGGGGCUGGCGGCCUCAUCCCAGCGAGGCAAGACGACCACGACAAUCACCAGC